CGGGAGGUAAGCAGCUAACAUAGACGUCAAAUCUUUUCUUCGCAUCGCGUUUCCAUUUUGAGCAUCAUUCUGAGCCAAGCGCUGAAUUUUUUCGUAGUUUUUCUUGUAAAACGAGCAGAAAAGUGAUUUUAUUGUCGUGUGGUAACUGUGUCAAGAACUGCCUCUAGAAAUGGCAGCGCAGGGAAUAGAAUUAACCGAUCACACUUGUCGGCUGUGUUUGGCUAACGAUCAGGAAAUCAGUCCAAUGGUAGACGCAUUGAGCCAGGAGGAGUUAAAGAAUGUCAUCGAAGGUUUGCUGAAAAUUCAGCUAACAGCUUGCGGACCGUUUCAAAACGCAUGUUCAAAUUGUGUGGUAAAGGUGCGGUUAAUUGAAAAUAUUCGAAAUGAGUUCGACGGUAGUAACAAGAUUUUUGAUGUUAUGUGGACGCAAUAUAAACGAAUUCACUAUCCAGAACCAAUUCCAACACCCAAAAAAGGAAGACCAAAGCUAGAAAAAAACCUUCCGCAGCCUCAAAAAAUAACGGCAGCCUACAUAAUUGAUGGAAUGGUAAUUGAAAACACCGAAAUAGAGUAUGUCCAGGAUGAGGGUACCGAAUUUUUCAUCAAAAGUGAAGCUGGAACCGUGCCGGACGAUAUCAUCAAGCAGGAAGGGGAAGACGGCGAGUCUGUUAGCGAUAGCAUUCCUGCCGACGAGGACCAUCACGACACCGUUGACGAAACUGUAGAGGAAGAAUACGUGUACGAGGAAGUACCCAUGAUAGAUGACAAUCGUAUGCAAGAAGAAUAUUUGACGGACGAACCUUUAAAGGGUGAUGCUGGCAAAGAUAAUUUCGAUGCAAAAGAUGAAGCCUUUAAAGACACUUUUAUACAAGAAGAUGCUGGAUAUUAUGACAAAACCAUUCCUUGUUGUUAUAUUUGCUUAGAUAGGUUUGAUUGUCCUACAGAAGUAGUACAGCACUUGAAUGAAGCUCAUGCUGACAUGCUUCCUUUCCAUUGCGACAAAUGCCUGGGAUACUUUGACACGUUAGAAGAUGUCAAUAAGCAUUACAUCUCGCACGUGUAUGAGUUUGUUUGCCUUUAUUGUCCACGACGUUACUGUUCUGAGCAGUAUUUAGCUAACCACAAUCUUGUAUGUAAAGACUUCAAAUGCAACGUUUGCGAUGAAAGUUUUGAACUCCAAAGUCAUCUUAAAGUGCAUCUAAGGCAAGCUCACGGUUCAGGGCCAAAAAGCACCGGGCGAAAGAAGAAUGUUUGUAAUACGUGUGGUAAAGCUUUCUUACAUGCUUGUAAUUUGUCACGUCAUCUUAAGAACAAACGUUGCGGUAGAAAUAGUACACAGCAAGUACUAGUUAAAAAACGGAAAUUCAAGCCUGAUCCAGAUGCACCCAUCGAUGAAGAUGUUGAUGACGAUAGGGAACUGAAAAUUCGUCCUCCACUAACUUGUCAAGUUUGCAGCAAGAAGCUGGACAGCAACAGCAGCUUGGCAAGACACAUUGAAAAGGAGCACGAAGAUUUCAAUAUACCAUUGUUUUCGUGCAACAUUUGCCCGAAGAAAUUCACUACAUUCGAAAAGUGCACACGUCAUCGCGCUUUUCAUAAGAAAUCCAACAAGCCUUUACAUCCUAUGAGCAAAAAAGAUCCUUCAGAAAAUGUUUGCAAAAUUUGCAAUAAACAAUUUCGUCUGGAUCAUAUGUUAUUGAAACAUCUUUCAGAAAUUCACCAGCUGACGUUGGAACUUUUCCAUUGCGAUCAGUGCGGUAAAAAGUUUUCUACUGAGCCGAAAUUGCGUAAGCACCAGUACAACACUCACAGGGAGAAUAAGAAUCUCUAUGUGUGUUCUCAUUGUGGUCAAAAGUUUGAGAAGAAGUUAACUCUCAAGGAUCAUGAGACUAAACAUUUGAACGCACCAGCUUACCAGUGCGACAUUUGCCUGAAAACAUUUAUCCAUAAGCAUAGCCUUGAUCGCCACGCUCUGGUGCAUUCGGAUGAGAAGAACUUCGAGUGCGAAUUUUGUCAUAAGCAGUUUAAGAGGAACACCACUCUUGUCAUACAUAGACGUAUCCAUACCGGUGAGAAACCAUACGAAUGUGUACCCUGUGGCCAGAGAUUCAUUGAUUCCAGUACUCUGAUUAAGCACAGGCAGCGAAUGCAUCCAAAGGCGGAAUAAAGUGAAUGAAACGCGUAAUGCAGUAUUUAGCUGUAAUAGUGCGCUUAGUAAAUAGCAUACCGAAAUAAAAAUUUUGUUCUAUUGGUAUUUUUUUUUAGCUUUCGAAAAUAAACUUCAACUAAAAUGUUUUUUUGUUUAAA